CCAUUUAUGCUCGCGGGCUUUAGCCCUAGCAGCGCCAUCCGGCGACUGUCGAGGAUGGUCACGGACACUUCUGCUUCUUCUCUUAUCAAAGAACUUGUUGAGCUUUCCAGCAAGCAACGCAAACUUGUGCGGUCGAGUAAAUAUGCUGCACCAGCUGACCCGGCCAUCUCGAUAACAAGCUGGAAGAUGAACGAGGUCAAAUACUACACUGUGCCCUCCCCGUUUCCCACAUACGCGCGUGGGAUCUUUUCCACCGAGCAGAAUGGGGAGCAUCGGAUUGUGGCGCGUGGGUAUGACAAGUUUUUCAACAUUGGUGAGGUGGGUUGGUGCACAUGGCCGGCCAUUGAGGCCCACACUGCUGCGCCAUAUACUCUCAGUCUCAAGAGCAAUGGCUGCAUUAUAUUCAUCGCCGCGUUGUCCCCUGACAAGCUCCUUGUCACGUCCAAGCACUCGCUGGGUCCAACCAACACACAUGCGGUCACGGGGGAGCGGUGGUUGCGCAAAUAUCUUGAACAGAAGGGCCGCUCAGAGGCGGAUCUUGCUGCGGUACUCUGGAAGAAUAACUGGACUGCUAUUUCUGAGCUUUGUGAUGACUCGUUUGAGGAGCACGUUCUUGCAUAUCCACCCGAGCUCACGGGACUUCACCUUCAUGGUCUAAACGAAAAUACCCGGGCGUUCAAAACGCUACCGCAAGCGGAUGUCGAUGCCUUUGCGGAUGAGUGGGGGUUCAUCAAGACUGCUUCAGUGGAACUGUCGAGUGUUGCUCAAGUCCGCGAGUUUGCGGACGAGUGUAGCAAGACAGGCUCGUGGAACGGACAGCCGGUGGAAGGCUUCGUAGUGCGAACUCAAGUGGCGCCAGCACCGCCAGAAUCGUCCCCUCGCUCAACUCCACCUUACCCGCCUGGCUCCAAUUUCUUCUUCAAGAUCAAAUACGAGGAGCCCUAUCUCAAGUAUCGCGACUGGCGUGAGAUUACAAAGAUGCUACUCAGUAUGCGGCAGGGGAACGCCAACCAGACAAACGACGGUAUGAGCCUCGAGAAACUGCCCAAGCAGAAGUUGCGUCGGGAAGAAACUCAGGCAUACGCAAAAUGGGUUAUUGAGGAGAUACGCCGUGAUCCCGAAGCAUUCGCUGAGUACGCGAAUAACAAGGGCAUCAUCGCCAUUCGGGAACGGUUUCUUGCUUUUGCUCAAACCGACGAUGGGAAGAAGAGUGUACAGGAGGUUGUCAAACCGGUCAAAGACUUUGGAAAGACUGUGAUUUUGCCGGUAGCCAUACCUGGAUGCGGAAAAACCAUGCUCUCCCUCGCGCUUUCCCGCCUUUUCGGAUUCGGCCAUACGCAAAGUGACGAUGUUCAUGUGAAGAAGGCCGCCCCUAUCUUCCUCAAAAACGUAGUCGACCUUUUGAACACCAACGAUGUGGUCAUCGCUGACAAAAACAACCAUUUGGUCCAGCACCGGCAGGCGCUCCGCGAAGCCACCGCGGAAUUUGACCCGCCCGUUCGGCUUCUCGCCUUGAACUGGGCUAUGGAUAAAUAUGCACCGGCAACGGUCCACCGUAUUUGCUCAGACCGUGUGCAAGGGCGAGGCAGCAAUCACCAGACUCUCCGACCAGACAGUGCGAAAAGUCAUGAAGACAUUUUGUGGAUGUUCAUCACCAAGGCCGAACCACUUGCGCCAGCGGAGGUAGACGAGGUCGUCGAGAUGAAUCUGGAGGACGGAUUGGAGGAAGCUGUUGCUCGUGCUGUCGAGGCAUGCGUCAGAGUACUCGGCGUGGCGCCACCAGACCAAGCGGCGGUCCAUGAGGCAAUUGAAUACGCGCGGUCAUAUACCCCUGCGGUCAAAAAGCCUGACCUAUUGCCAAGCAAGAAGGACAAAGACGCGAAAAAGCCACGGUAUUUUGCGCUUCUGCCGGAAGUUUCGGUGGAGACGACGUUGAAGAAUGUGGAGGCGCUUGCUCAGGUCAAAUUUUGGACGAGAAUCCGCCAGGAGAAACGCAUUGCAGCGCGGCCACAUAUCACGAUCGUCCACCAAAAUUCUAUCGGCAGCCAGUCAAGCGGGGAUGCGCAGGCUCUUUGGGAGCGAUGCAAACGUCUUUCUGAAAUGGAACAACCUCCACUUUUCCAAUUUAAACUGGGACAUGUUGUUUGGAAUGACCGUGUUAUGGCCGUGACCGUCGACGACAUCGAGCUGGUCGAGGAAGGGGGAGAGGGCCACCACGGAGCUGAAUUUGUUGCUGGACUGGAAGACGAACUCAAACAACGUUUGCACGUUACGGUCGGGACACGGGAUCCGAACGUUCCUCCAGUUGAAGCAAAGGCGAUGGUCGCGCAAUGGCGGACAAAUGGCGCAUCAGCCAAGUCGGCUCCGUUGAAUGGAGUGAUAGGGGUCGGGAGGGUGAAGAGAAUGACUGUGUAA